AUGAACGGUAUACCUCACUCUCAGUUGGCCCCUCUGCCGACGAAAGUACCCUUUCGCAUUGUCUCACCCACGAUCGGCUCAGGUGCAUAUGCAUGCAUCAAGAAAGCCGCUCCUCUCAACACGGAAGCCCCCGUCUUCGCUGUCAAGUUUAUCAACAAAACCUAUGCUCAGAAAUAUGGCAGGAUCAAGCAGAAGCAACUCGAGAUGGAGAUCUCGUUACAUAAACACAUCGGCGAGCACAAGAAUAUCAUUGAAUUCUACGACCAUGGUGAUGACCCGGCAUGGGUGUGGAUAGCAAUGGAGCUCGCUGAAGGAGGAGAUCUCUUCGACAAAAUCGAGGCCGACGCGGGUGUCGCCGAAGACAUCGCUCAUGUCUACUUUACCCAACUCGUCAGCGCCAUCAGCUACAUGCACGAGAAAGGCGUGGCCCACCGAGACAUCAAACCUGAAAAUGUGCUUUUGUCGGCAGAUGGAGACCUGAAACUUGCAGACUUUGGCAUGGCCACCCUUUUCGAAUAUCACGGCAGGAGGAAGCUUGCGACAACUCUGUGUGGCAGUCCACCCUAUGUCGCUCCCGAGGUGCUGUCUUGCAGUACACAAGCAGGAACUAAGGGAACCGGUUACGCCGCUGACAUGGCAGAUAUCUGGUCUUGCGGUGUUGUCCUGUUCGUCUUGCUCGCGGGAAAUACUCCCUGGAGCAGACCAGUCGAAGGCCGAGAUGAGUACGGCCGGCUGAACGAGUUCAGCGAAUACGUCCAGAGCGGUGGAAAACCAGAAGAUGAGCUGUGGGAAAGCCUUCCUCAUCACGUGCUAUCUCUCCUUCGCGGCAUGAUGAGAGUCGAUGUGAAGAGUCGGUUCUCAAUGGAUGACGUGCGUCGGCAUCCCUGGUUCAAGCGACCCAACAAAUUCAUCGACAAGAAAGGACGCCUAAUAGAUCCGAUUGCUGUGGCCACAAACAUGUUUGAGUCCCUCCGAGUCAAUCUUGAUGCAGACCCGUUUGCAGGAACACAGAGGAGUACGAAGAUGGAUGCUAUGGACAUCGACGAGGACGUAAAAUCCAAGUUCGCUUCGACCCAACCAGUGACACCUGCAGAAGACAUGCUGUUCGACUGGGAUCGGCCGAAGCACCCUGCUAUGACAAGUACCCAGCUGGUAGCUGAUCUUGCGAUCGCCUCGCAAUCAAUCUCGACCACGAAAUACCUUGAGGAUGAGCCAUCUAUGUCGCAGUUCCAAUCAAACCCUUCUGUUCCUCUAAGUCGAACCCAGAUGGCUCGACGAUUUGCCGACGUCCUUCCUUCGGAACGUAUGACGAUGUUCUAUUCGGAAGGAACGCUGGACCUGCUUGCCCCAUACAUUUCUGACGCUCUAAGCCAGCUAGAGAUGCCUCCUCCAAACUUACCUAAACCCACAGCGCAAGAUUCCGAUUGCUCGAUCAAAGUGAAAGGGCAAGAUAGUCGAGGCUGCCCCCUGAGUGGUACUAUCGCAAUGGACGUAGUCAAGGCAGAGACCAAUGAGCAGCCGUUGGUAAGAGUUCUGUUUGUGAAGGCAUCCGGUGAUCCGUUAGAAUGGCGGAGAUUUUUUAAGCGUGUGGCCGUGCUGUGUCAGAGGGCUAUUGUCAAACCGGAAUUUUGA